AGAGGGAGGGGGACGGAAGAAGCGGCUCGAGAAAGAAGAGAAAAAAAGGUAGCUGCUUCAUAAGGAAAUAAUCGUGAAGGGCCCUCAUAGCGGGAGAAGGAAGGCAGAUUAGCAGCGGCUCUAUGGCUCAGUCGACUGCUAACGGUGUGGAGCAGGAUGUGGCCAGCAAGCGGCUGCACUCAAGGAUGGAGGCGUCUUGCUUGGAGUUGGCCUUGGAGGGAGAGCGGCUGUGCAAGGCUGGGGACUUUAAAGGGGGAACAGCGUUUUUUGAGGCAGCCGUGCAGGUUGGCACAGAAGACUUGAAGACCCUCAGUGCCAUCUACAGCCAGCUGGGCAAUGCCUACUUCUACCUGAAGGAGUACGGCAAAGCCCUGGAAUACCAUAAACAUGACCUUACCUUGGCCAGAACAAUAGGAGACAGAAUUGGAGAAGGAAAAGCUAGUGGAAACCUUGGAAACACAUUAAAAGUGUUGGGCCGCUUUGAUGAGGCUGUGGUCUGCUGCCAAAGACAUCUGGAUAUUUCUCAAGAGCAGGGUGACAAGGUUGGAGAGGCCAGAGCUUUGUAUAACAUAGGGAACGUUUUUCAUGCGAAGGGCAAACAACAGUUAUGGGGCUGCACCCAGGAACCAGGGGACCUGCCUGCUGAUGUCAGAGACACACUGCAAAGGGCUACUGGCUUUUAUGAGAUGAACUUGUGUUUGGUCAAAGAACUUGGUGACCGUGCCGCUCAGGGGAGAGCCUAUGGGAACCUGGGUAACACUCACUAUCUUCUUGGAAACUUUGUUGAAGCAAUCAAGUUCCACCGUCAGCGGCUAUCCAUUGCCAAAGAAUUUGGGGACAAAGCAGCAGAACGGCGAGCCUACAGUAACCUAGGCAAUGCCCUGAUAUUCCUGGGCCAGUUCAACACAGCCACAGAGUACUACAGGAAAACCUUGCAACUGUCCAGGCAGCUGAGGGACCAGGUGAUGGAGGCUCAGGCCUGUUACAGCCUUGGAAACACCUACACUCUCUUGCAGCAGUAUGAGAGGACCAUAGACUACCACUUGAAACACCUCUACAUUGCCCAGGAACUUACUGAUAGGGUUGGAGAGGGCCGUGCUUGCUGGAGUCUGGGAAAUGCGUAUGUGUCUUUAGGGAACCACAAACAAGCUCUGCACUAUUCGCGAAAGCACCUAGACAUCUCUAAAGAAAUUGGAGACAGAAAUGGAGAACUGACAGCCAGAAUGAAUGUGGAGCAGCUGAUGGAGGCACUGGGUGUCAAUGAGAGUGAUCUCUCACCCUCCAGUUCAGAGUUUGAGAUGCAAGGGGCAAGACCCAAAUUCACCAAGAGAAACAGCAUGGACAGUGUAGAACUGUGGAAGUUCUCUUCGGAUAAGAACGGUGAGAACCAAGACUUGGAAAGUAUACCCAGGAGAUCCAAGAGCCAGCUGUCACAGCCAGGUAAAAGGAAAGGCUAUCCUGACAGUCAGUCAUCAGAUGAAAGGCCGUGGUUGGAUUCUCCUGUAGACACUGAUGAUAUCACAGUGCAAGUCCCACCUCCAGUGCCAAAGCUGGGCCGUGACCCCUCCAAUGAAGACUGCUUCUUCGAUCUCCUCAGCAAGUUCCAGAGCAGCCGCAUGGAUGACCAGCGCUGCCAUCUUGAUGAGCCACAAAACGGUGACGGAGAAGGUGCUGCUAACUCAAUGCCGUCCCUGAAUGAGAUGAUAGAUCCCACGUUUACCACUUCCCCCCAGACCGAGGAGCUGUUUGAUUUGAUUGCUAGCUCUCAGAGUCGCCGGCUUGAUGAUCAGCGGGUCAAUGUUGGAAACCUUCCGGGUCUAAGGAUUACCCAUAACAACCUGGGUCACCUGGUUGGUGAAGGGGAUCAUCAAGAACCCAGCGAUGACUUCUUCAACAUGCUUAUCAAAUGCCAGUCCUCUAGGAUUGAUGAUCAGCGGUGCUCCCCACCAGAACCAGGCCCCCAUGCCCCCACAGUGCCUGAUGAAGAUUUCUUCAGCCUAAUCCAGAGGGUGCAGGCCAAGCGUAUGGAUGAGCAGCGCGUCCAGCUGCCCUCGGACGAUCAGGACAGCCCUCCGUCCCCUGAUCCAGAGCCACCAGGUGGUUUCUCCAGCUAGGACUUGGUGAAAAAUGCAGCACACUUACAUGUCAAAGAAAAUAAAACAAGAAGAAAAAGGAUGAGCCAACAUUUGAAGAGAGAAAUUAAGAAUGAACUAACAAGAUUUGUAAUAGUAAGACAGACUCCAAGUGCAAAAGGUGGCGCCCUGUCAAAUGUUCCUCGUAUUAAGUUCUAAAUAUGUGUAAAUAUAACAGGAAAAUAAGCAGAAUUUAAGUUGAGCUUUGUGAAGUCGAAGAAGGUACAAGUUGGGAUUUCACAAAUUUUGAAUUAUUUAAUGAUAACAACAAAGGUGAAAUAUGUAUUCUAAUGCCUUAAUCAGCAUUUUUUUCCAGACUCAAGAUUGUAUUUCCUGGUGACAGAUGUGUUUUUAGAAGCACAUGAUGGCAUGGCAUACAGUGUAAUAUGGACCAUUAAUGUGGAGACCUGUGAGUUGAGGAAAUCACAAAGAUUUAAUUCUAGAAACAGUCAAUGAAAACAUUUGAGAAAUGAUCGAUUUGCACUGAAAUCUAAACCGGUUUUAUAAAGACAUGAAUAGAAAACUUCUAGAUUUGACAUAAAUUAUUGACGUUUUCUUCAAAUAUUUUUUAUCUAUUGUCAUUUUUCUUAAAAUAAGUACUAAG